CUCCAAACACAAGACAUGUCCUGCUACGACCAGUGCCUGCCGCGCCUGCCCUGCCAGCCCUGUGGCCCGACCCCGCUGGCCAACAGCUGCAACGAGUCCUGCGUCAGGCAGUGCCAGGACUCCAACGUCUUCAUCCAGCCCUCUCCCGUGGUGGUGACCCUGCCCGGACCCAUCCUCAGCUCCUUCCCGCAGAACACCGCCGUGGGAUCCUCCACCUCCGCUGCCGUUGGCAGCAUCCUCAGCUCUGAGGGUGUGCCCAUCUCCUCUGGAGGCUUUGGCCUCUCUGGCUUCGGCAGCCGCUUGUGUGGCAGGCGGUGCUUCCCCUGCUAA